CUCCUCAUUAACUUUGGCAUUAGUGCUCGCUUCUGCCUCGAAGCUUGCUCACGAAUUGUCGAAAGACACUGCUUGUCGGUGCCGAUCGCUGCAAACGCUUGCAGAGACGAGUAAAUCAAUCAUAAGCAGCAAUGUCCCAGCAGGCUGAUUUUGAGGAGACCGCCGCGACGGAGGCGCAGGACUCGUCGACGGAGGCACCACGUGCGCAAGAGGCACUGCCGGACGCCUUCGACGAGACCGCCGCCGUCCCCGAGCAGCCGCCGGCGCCGCGGCCCAUCGCGACGCAGCGGGGCUCGACGACGACGAUGCUGAAAUGCGUGGUCCUGGGGUCGAGCAACGUCGGCAAGAGUUCGCUGUUGGAACGCUACACGAAGAAUAGUUUUCGGCCCGAGCGGCGGGUCACGCUGGGUGCCGAUUUCGCCUCGAAGGUCAUCGAGGUCGGGGAAGAGCGCGUCCGCCUAGUCAUCUGGGACACGGCGGGGCAGGAGCGGUUCCACCACGGCACGAUCGGCGGCGCAUUUUAUAGGGGUGCUGAUGGUGCCUUGCUUGUGUACGACACCACGGACUUCGCGACCUUCGCCCAGGUCGAAUUAUGGAGACGCGAGCUCCUUCAGCGCGUCGACGGACCGGAGGCGUUUCCGAUCGUGUGCGUGGGCAACAAGAUGGACCUGCCCUGUCCGACACGCAGUGAUGAUGAAAAAGCGGCCGAGGCCUGGUGCGCGGCGCACGGCGUCGGGCUCCUCUUCGCGUCGGCCUGCGACGGCACGGGCGUUGCCGUGGCCAUGGAGGCCGUCGCCGCGCUCGCGUUGGAGAACAAGAAGCGGCGGCAGGCCCUUGGCGUGACGAAGCCGCCGUCGCUGUCGCUCGACGACCUCCACGCGCGCGAGAAGCGGGGAUCGUCAAAUUGUUGUUAAUA